AUGACAGCAAGAGUGAUAGGAGAGGAGAGAACAGCAGAAAUGGAGAGAAGGGGAAGAGAAUUUCUCAUAUGUGUGAGCUUAUUGGGCCUAAUGGUAACCCUAACAGAGUCUGCGACUGUAACCAUACCGGUAGGAGUGAUUCUGGAUUUGAACUCAUCACUUGGCAACACCACUCUCAACUGCACCAACCUCGGACUCCUCGACUUCUAUUCCACACAUGAUUCCUUUGCGACGAGGCUUGAACUCCAUUUCAGGCAUUCUGGAAACGAUCUCCUCACUGCAGCUUCUGCAGCUUGGAAGCUAAUAAGUAAAACAAAGGUGCAUGCAAUCUUGGGACCUCAAAACUCAGAGCAAGCAGGGUAUGUUGUAGAACUUGGUAACAAGACUAAUGUACCAGUGAUUUGGUUUUCUCCAUCUGGUCCAUCUCUGUUGCCACCUCGUACCCGGUUCUUCAUCCACUCCAACUCCACUAGAAGCCAUUGCUCUCAGUUCGAAGCUAUAGCAGCCAUUAUCGAAGCUUAUAAUUGGCAGUCUGUGAUCCCCAUUUAUGAAGAUCCAGAAUUCGGCAACGACCUCAUUCCAUGCCUCUCUUAUGCCUUGCAAGAUAUGGACACUCGAAUGCCUUACAUAAGUGCCAUUAAUCAAACUUUCACGGAUUCUCGAAUCACCGAUGAGCUUAACAAGAUAAAAGCCCAGCGAACAUAUGUGUUUGUCGUUCAUAUGUCUCUGGAGCUUUGGUCAAGAUUUGGGGAACAUGCCAAACAUGAGGACAUGAUGAGCGAAGGAUACGCUUGGAUACUUUCGCAAGGCCUGUCUUCUGUCAUGGAUCCCGAAGCUUUAGAUGUCAGAAUAAAAGGCUAUAUGGAUGGUGCUUUGGGUGUGAGGCCAUUCGUUUUAUCCAAAUUAACUAAGCGCCUUUCCUUAGCGGAAACAUUAAGGUCUGAGUACGGUAAAACUCUUUCUCUAAAUGGCUUGUGGGCUUAUGACACUAUCACAGCACUGGCCAGAGCCGUAGAGAAGGCCGGCUUAGUCAGUUUUAAUGAAAGUGGAGCUGAUCUUCGCAAAAAAACAGGCCGAAAACUUCGCAAAGCAAUUCUGGAAACUGAUUUCGUUGGCCUGUCAGGGAAUUUUAAUUUGACGCAAGAACAACUAGAACAAUCACAUGUUGUGGUAUACAAUGUGCAAGGCCAAAAAGAAAGGACAAUUGGAUAUUGGAGCCCUGGAAAAGGACUUGUUCGAAUGCAAAGCUCACAUGGUGAACCAAUAUGGCCGGGUAACACAAAGGAGAUACCACCCAAGUUGAAAGUUGGGGUCCCAAAGACGCAUUUUACUGAAUUUGUUGAUGUUAAUGGUAGUGUAGAAGGGCAGAAUGUAUCAGUUUCUGGCUUUGCUGUUGAUGUAUUUAAGAAAGUGGUUGGCAUCUUGCCAUUACAUUUACCUUAUGACUUUGUGCCUUUGAACAACAGUGAUGGAGAGCUGACUCCCUCCAGCUAUGAUGAUCUUCUCUGCGAAUUCACAGACAAGAAAGUUGAUGUUGAUGUUAUAAUUGGAGACAUUACAAUUGUCGCGAGUCGCACAAAUUGUGUUGAUUUCACAAUGCCGUAUUUAGAUUCAAGUGUGUCCAUGGUGGUAAAAGUGAGGUCUGACUCCAAAAGCAUGUGGAUCCUCUUCAAACCUUUUCAUUGGUUACUUUGGUUCAUUCUUGGUAUGAUUCUUGUGGCUGCAACUUUUAUUGUGAUUAUAUUGGAAAAACGAAAAGAAAAGAAAAUGAAGGAUGGUAUCAGAGGAAGCAAAUCCGAAAAUAAAACAGAGGAUGAUGUUGGAGGAAGCAAAUCCGAAGACUUUGUCCGCAAUCCCUUCCUUAUUUACAUGAGCGAUGUUGGGUUUUUGAAAAGUUGCAAAUCUAAAUGGAUGAUAGGACAAAGCCAAAGCCUCCUCCAUGGAAGGACGUGCAAGAGAUUAGAAGGAGCAAUCGGAAAGUGGGAUAUCAAAGGGAUUCCUGGAUGA